CCGGAAGCAAUCUCCGCCAACCUUGAUCGUGCCGACUGAUAUUGACAAUAAAAGGUAGACAACGAUAUGACAGCAAACGGGACUUUACCUUUUCGGAAACAAAGAGGCUACUGAAGGUGUUGUUCAUCAGUUUCCAUGGCCAACUCACUCCACGCCACACACGAUGUGACUGAUUCUGUCACAUCAUCAUGAGCACCAAUCAAAAUGAAGGAAACAAGGGAACCGGCAAUGGCCUGGCCAGUCAUUUUGGCCUCAAGAGUGGUAAGGUGUCGCCGCUGGACGCUCGACCAGCAACUGGUGGGUCCCAUGCGCGAGUGUCGGCUUGGGACCGCGCCCAACUGCGAUACGAGGAGCAGGAAAAGCGAGCCAAGCAGACAAAAGUCAAGCCGUUUAGUGUGGAAGGGGACGUGGUCAUCAGCAGCAGCGUCUGCUGCAACUCGCUCUCCAUCAUCAAAGUCUUCAGCUCCAAGAAGUUCAAGAACAUCAAGCUGGAAUUGCUGUAUCAGCGUUAUUUCUUCAAGCUCAACCAAAAUAACCUCACCAUUCUCAUGGCCAUAUUCUGUGUCAUAAGUCUCAUGCUGUUGAUUUUCUACUACCUAGGGGGAGCCACAUUGCCGGCAAGGGGAGUAACUCUUGGGAUCAUCAUGAUUGUGUUGAUUGUCCUGGAGGUGGUGUGCAAUAGGACGUCCUGUAAUGAGCAACAGCUGUUUAUUUUGUGUUACAUCGUCAUCUUCUUGUUAUGUGGGAUUGUUUUGACCGUCACCCUUGACUGUGACCCCCGGGAUGCGUCGGAGGGUGUCUGGUGCACCAUAUUCUUCAUCUACAUGGUGUAUGCGUUGAUGCCGAUACGAAUGAGACUGGCUGUCGCUAGCGGCCUGGGGUUAGCUGUUAUACAUACAAUCUGUGCCGUAGGGAUAAACCAUGCACAGCCAUACAUGUGGAAACAGGCUGUCUCCAACAUUCUACUGUUCACGUGCGUCAACAUCGCGGGCGUCUUCACACACUACCCCACAGAGUAUGCACAGAGACAGGCCUUCUUGGAGACGCGGCGCUGCAUCGAGGCCCGCCUCACCACGCAGCGGGAAAACCAACAACAGGAACGUUUACUGCUGUCUGUGUUGCCACGUCAUGUUGCCAUGGAGAUGAAGGCAGACAUCGCAGGGAAGCCAAAGGACUCCAUGUUCCAUAAGAUCUACAUUCAACGCCACGAGAAUGUCAGCAUCCUGUUCGCGGACAUCUGCGGCUUCACGUCACUCUCGUCUCAGUGCACGGCGCAGGAACUGGUGCAGCUGCUCAAUGAACUCUUCGCUCGCUUCGACCGCCUCGCCGCGGACAACCACUGUCUGAGAAUCAAGAUCCUGGGGGACUGCUACUACUGCGUCAGUGGCCUACAAGAGGCUCGCACUGACCAUGCCCACUGCUGUGUCGAGAUGGGGCUGGAUAUGAUUGAAGCCAUUGCCUUGGUGCGUGACGUGACCGGCGUGAACGUCAACAUGCGCGUGGGGAUCCAUAGCGGGCGUGUGCACUGUGGGGUGCUGGGAUUGAGGAAGUGGCAGUUUGACGUGUGGAGCAAUGACGUCACCCUGGCCAACAUGAUGGAGGCGGGGGGCUUACCGGGGCGAGUCCACAUCACGGAGGACACGCUGAGCUCCCUCAACAGUUUCUACGAGGUGGAAGAGGGGCAGGGCGGGGAACGCAACAACUACCUCCUGGACCACGCCAUCAAGACGUACCUCAUCAAGGAGCAUCACUCCAGGAUACGGAAGGUGGCAGCAGCGUCCAGUGGGAACAGCCCGGGGAACAUGUCCAACUCCAAUGUCGGCAAAGAGCUGAAGAUGAUGGGGUAUAACGCCAACCCCAAUGCUGGCAUUCACCAUAAACUCGGCAUCGGAGACAACCAUGAAGCAAAGACCCCGGAGGAGGAGGUCAACGAAUAUCUGGGUCGCGCCAUUGAUGCUCGGAGCAUCGACCGUCUACGCUCUGAUCAUGUGAAGGGCUUCUUCUUCACAUUCCGGAAAAAGGACCUUGAAGAAAAGUACCGCAAAGUCCGAGACACCAUGUUCACAUCACAUCUGGCCUGUGUGUUCCUCGUCCUCAUCCUCAUCUGUGCUGUACAGCUUACCAUCAUUCCAAGGACAGUGGUCAUGCUUGGGGUGUAUGUGUCUGGACUCCUGGUUGUCCUGGCUCUCUUCCUCCUGGUGCUCUGUGAAACCUGCUCGUGCACCCCCAAGGGAUUACGAGCUGUUGCCACCAAAAUCGCCGUCAAUCGCUGGCUGAACCAACUGGUUGCCAUUGUGUCCGUCCUGAUGGUCUAUGCCUCGGCGUUCUGUGCCAUGUUGAUGCUGAGCUCCCCACAGUUCCCGGAGUGUGUGGAGUCUUACCUUCACCUCAACAGCAGCAGCAACGGGAACCUGUCCAUCAUCUCCAAGGCAGCCAUCACUCGCGAGUCUCACCUCUCCGUCUGCAACCCUGCUCAACCAACGUCUUUCUUCCCAGAGUACUUCACAUUCUGCGUGAUCAUGUCGAUGAUCUCCAUGGCGGUGUUUCUUCAAGCCACCAGUAUUGUCAAGAUGGUUCUCUUCAUAUCCAUGACGGCCAUCUACCUGCUGGUGGCACAACUCUUCUACGCCAACAUUUUCGACAACCGUGACCUGCUGCUGAGGGCUUCAUCAGGGAAGGACAUGUCCUCCCCGACGUCGUCCAUCUCGCUGCGUUGGGAGAUGAUCGUGAUUCUGCUGGUGUUCUGCAUCGUUCUGUUCGUCCAUGCUCAGCAGGUGGAGUCUACUGCCAGGUUGGAUUUCCUCUGGAAGGUUCAGGCAACAGAAGAAAUGGAGGAGAUGGAAAGCCUCCGAGCGUACAACCUGCGCCUCUUGUCCAACAUCCUGCCCCUGAACGUGGCCCAGCACUUCCUCAACAGUCAGUUCAAGAAGGACGAGGAGCUGUACUACAAGGCCUGCGAGAACACGGGUGUGAUGUUCGCUUCCAUCACCAACUUCUCCGAGUUCUACAUGGAGCUGGAAGGCAACAACGAGGGGGUGGAGUGUCUCCGCCUGCUCAACGAGAUCAUUGCUGACUUUGAUGAGAUUCUGGAGGAGGAGCGUUUCCACUGUAUUGAGAAGAUCAAGACCAUCGGUCAGACGUACAUGGCUGCGUCAGGCCUCACACCUGAGACACAGUUCCCCGACAUGAGACACGUGAUCGCCAUAUCGGACUAUGCCAUUGCUAUCAGGUCACAGCUGCAGUACGUCAAUCAACAUUCCUUCAACAACUUCAAGAUGAGAGUUGGUAUCAACAUGGGACCUGUGGUGUCUGGCGUGAUCGGCGCUCGCAAACCUCACUACGACAUCUGGGGCAACUCCGUCAACAUCGCUAGUAGGAUGGACAGCACGGGCGUCCCAGAUAAGAUACAGGUAACGCAAGAUGUCUUCACGUUGCUGUCAGAAAGAGGCUACUCUCUGGAGUGCCGUGGUAUUGUCAAGGUCAAGGGCAAAGGGGACAUGAUGACCUACUUCUUGAUGGCCCCGCCCAACCAGAAAACAGAAGACACGAAAGUUUGAAUACAUUUAUACAAGGGGACUGUUACAACUGUUACCAUGGAAACAAGGGAAAGUUAGAAAAGACUGGUCUGGAAAAGUUUCGACUGAGAACAAGGGAACAAUUUGUGAUCAACAAACUCAGGAGGCCAUGUCUGGCUGUGGACUC